GUUUACCUUUUCUUUUGUUUGACAGUUCUUCUCACAAAAAAAAGUGUUUUCAAUUUUCUGAUCUGCUCCGAUAAAAAUUGUCUCGUAAAAUCGUGAACUCUUCGCGAUGUCCUCAAAGGGCGGUGCCGGCACCGCCGGCGAAGACGAACCCUUCCCGACCAAUGUGACGAUUCUGCAGUACCUGCUGGAGAAUGAUGCCGGGACGGCCGCCGCCGCAGCAACCAAAUCGUCGUCGACGGGCGUUGGCCGACCCACAAAGAGUAAACCGUCGGGAAGGGCGGCGGAACCGCCGAUUACGGUGCACGAGUGUCCCGUGGCGGGGUGUGGCAAGCAGUACCUACAGCUGGACCAUUUGAAGGCCCACGAGCGGAUCCAUUCGGGCCAGUUGGUGUGCAACUGGGAGACGGAACGGGUUGACGAGGGCGUGGCCCACGGUGGCGAAAGUGGGUUGCGAUUUUUGCUGCAGAACGAGAAUCUGGAGCUGGUUUACGAGGGAGAGGAUGGGGAUGAUGGUGGGAAGGAAUCGGCGAGGGAGGAGGAGGAGGUUGAUGCUUCGGAUUUUGAGGAAGAUGACGACGAAGUGGUCGAUUUUUCGAUUGCUCCGGAUUCACCGGGCGAUCCCCGGCAGGUUGUUCAAGUGUUCGACGCGGAAGUGCUGGCCAAUGACUUCAUCGUCCUGGAGGAAGAUCCUGACGAGUACGUGCAGAUCAACCUGAAUCACAACCAACCGAUGCGGACCACUUCGACGAAAGUCCGGAAGUAUGUCUGUCCGUGGGACGGUUGCGAACGAGCCUACACCAAAUCGUCCCACGUAACUGCUCACAUGCGUGUCCACACGGGAGAGCUGCCAUUUGCCUGCCCGUGGGGAGGUUGUGAAGACAGGUUCGCUCGGGCAGAAACUCUCUCCCGUCACUACCGGAGACAUUCCGGCGAACGGAACUACGUAUGCCCCCAGUGUAACUCAACCUUCGCCCGCAGUGACCACCUGCGGGGCCACAUGAAACGCCAUAAAAUCGACGAAUUCGUCAUCGAACGCGUCAUCAAAGCCGGUCCGCAGGACAAAUCCAAACCCACCUCAACACCACCACCACCACCCGCCAACACCACAAUGUCCUCGAAGCUCUCCGCAAUCUCAACCCGCACCGCCAACAAAUCCAAGCGGAAACGAAAGCCCUCAACGCCGGCUUCCGGACUGCCGCGAAACUACGCCUGUUCCUUCCCCGAUUGCGACAAAACCUACACCCGGGCGAGUCACCUGAAGGCGCACGAAAUUCUCCACGGCAAGGCGCUCCCGUUCCGCUGUCCGUGGGAGGACUGCGAGCGGUCGUUCGCCCGUUCGUUUGAACUCUCACGCCAUCGGCGGCAGCACACCGGCGAGAAAAAGUUCAUAUGCCACAUCUGCCGCUCGACCUUCGCCCGCAGUGACCACCUGUCGGUGCACGUGAAGAGGCACACGCUGCGGGAGGUAGGUUCUGAUAAAGCAGAUCAUUAAAAGCGAAUUUGUUAGUUUCAGAAUCAAGACGAUUAGUGGGGAGCGGAGCAGCGGACGGAAUCGUAUACGAGAUUAAUCAAAAAGUGUCUAAGUCAACUGUAUGGGGUGUGGAAAAGUGAAUUGUUUGACCCCUUGCAAAGUAUUCCUAUUGGUACAAUAAACGUUUCUAUUAUUUCUA